GGCUCGGUGUGUGUCUGUGUGUGUGUGUGUGUGUGUGUCUGUGUGUGUCUCUGUGGUUGUCUAUGACCUGUGGCAGGAUGGCUGUGAGCUGGUGUGGGUGGCUGCUGCCUGUGUCAGCCUGUGACCUGGUGUUAGGAGCUUUGCUGCAGCGCUCGGCCUGGUUCCUGUCUCUGGGUUGGGGCAGUUUGCUGGGCUGCUGGCUGGGAGGUCUCCUCAGACUGGCCUUACUGAGCAGCCUGGUGCUGUCUCUGGAUCUCGUGUCUAGCUCGGGAGGGAGAGGCCGGGGCUGGCAGCGGCUGCUGUUUGUUGUGUGUGUGUGUCUCCUCGUCCCUCUCUAUGGCAGUGUCCGGCUGUUGCUGUCAGACACACAGGCUCUGAUCUCCAUCCCCGGCUGCUGGGCACUGCUUCACGCUCUCUCAGCCUUCGCUGUUAUUGCUGGGGAGACACUGUUCCCCACUGAUCUCGAGCAGCUCCACCCUGAACGGCCCUCGGCUCCCGGACAGACCAGGGACAAGGACACGGCCAAAGCCACCCUCGGCCGUCUUCUCUCUUACUCCCGGCCGGACGCCAUCCCUCUCAGUGGAGCGUUCAUCUUCCUCACACUGGCAGUUAUUGGUGAGAUGUUUGGGCCCUAUUACACGGGGCGGGUGAUCGAUGUCCUCUCCGCUCACUAUGAUCAGCAGAUCUUCAUGACGGCGAUUUCCUGCAUGUUCCUGACAUCCAUAGGAAGUUCCAUCGCUGCCGGCCUGCGGGGAGGGCUCUUCACGUUAGCAUCGUCCAGGUUUGUCAAGCGUCUCCGGGGGCAGCUCUUUGGUUCCAUCGUUCAUCAGGAAAUCGCCUUCUUCGAAUCGACACGAACAGGUGACAUAACCUCUCGUCUCUCCAUGGACACCACCCUCAUGAGCGACUCCAUUACCUUAAACAUCAACAUCCUCCUGAGGAGCCUAGUUAAGACGAUUGGAAUUCUUUCCUUCAUGUUCUCGUUGUCCUGGCAGCUCACCCUCCUCACCUUGAUCGAGAUACCACUGACAACCAUAAUCCAGAAACUGUACAGUCAAUAUCACCAGAAACUGCUGACACAGGUGCAGGAUUCCAUCGCCUAUUCCAGCGAGCUUGCUGCCGAGACCGUCUCUGGGAUCCGGACGGUACGGAGCUUUGCGAUGGAGGACGAGGAGUUUGGUCUGUAUCAAGAUCGGCUCAUGGACACACAGAAGCUGAAAAACAAGAGAGAUUUGAUCCGGGCCGUUUAUCUACUGUGUCUAAAAGUAUGUUCCUGGGUAGAAUAUCAAUGUCACACUCAGGGUGCAGAGGUUUACUAGGAUGAUAUGAGGGAUGAGGAGAGACUGGAGGAACAGAGCUUGUUGUCAUUGGAAUAGAGAAGUCUGAUGUGAGACCUG